AUGGAAAAUAAGGUGCUCUGGGCAGUUUUUUACAAUCUAGUGCUGUUCCUUCUGGCAUCAAGCAAAGAAAGCAAUCGAAUUAAAGCAUAUAAACUUAAGAAGGAACCUAAGCUAUGGCCACUACAAGAUAGCCUUAACGAAAGCGAUAAAUUCGAGUAUACCAAUGGAGGGAAGGAAAAUCCCCCAAAUUUCUUCAGCUCAAAUGUAAAGGCGCAUAAUAAAAAAGAGGGCAAAAAGUAUGAACAAAAUUUGUCUUUACCUGACAACACAUCUUUCGUAACGGUAAAAAAUUAUAACUACACAAGAACACCAUCACACCAUGCUUACAUAAGAAGAGACAAUACACACACCAACAGUACAAAUAAUAAUCAAAUUAGGAAUGUACCUAAAGAAUUAAAUCCUCGGGAAUUUCUCUUCACACCAAAGAAUCAAAUAAGCGCAUCUCUCAUCCAAACUAACGGACCGGUGGCUCCAAUGGAUAUACUACGUUACCUAGAUUUCUCAAACAGUUCAGGACAAAUUAUUUCUACAGUGUAUCCGUUCUAUGUUCAGAUGAAUUAUUUUGCUGAAAUUAAAUAUUACAUAACAUAUCAUUACGAGGCGAAAAAAAAUUAUGAUGAAGCAUAUAAUCAAAGCGUAAAUCCACUUAUGUCAAGUAUACAAAAUCAAAUAAAUUCUUGUGUACCGAAAAAAGCAGCAUUGGAAAAAACAAUAUUCGUAUUAGAAUACCCAGAGAAUCACAAUAUAAACCUAAGCAAUUACGAAGCAAAGCAUAAUGAGUACAAGCAGCAAUUAGAUGCAUACAAAAACUGUGUACAGGCAAAUAUGGAAUCAUACACAGAUAGGAUGUCAAAAUUUAAUGAAAAAAUCUAUUCAAUUUUAAAUAGUGUGAAAUGCACAGAUGCAUGUGAAACUGAUACGUACGAAAUUAUGCUUGAAAUAUAUGUAGAAAGAGUAAAGGAAGUUAAUCAUAAUAAUUAUGUCAAUUAUUUGAGUACUUUGAAAGCAUCUCUCCAAUUGGGGGUUACCCUGAUGCUCAAAGUAAAACAAGAAAUAGACAAUAAUGUCACCAUUAGUGCAAUAAAUUUUUUACAAGAAGAAAUGUUAGAUAUCAUCACAAUAGGUGAAGCUCACACAGGUAAAAUUAUACAUGGUAAGGAAAACGUACUAAAACUUCAAAAUAAUAAUAUUCCACCACAAGUCCCUUUAAGUACUCUUAAAAAAUUAUAUUUUGAUUCCGCCAAUUUCUAUGCCACUUAUAAGUUUAGCUUAAAAAGAGCCGAUACCACGACAGCUGCGCUAAAGGAAAAAGGAAAAUUACUUGCUAACCUUUAUAAUAAAUUGAUAACAUAUGUAAGCGAAAAAAUAGAUAAAAAUUUGGAUUCUUUAUACUUCAUUUCAAAAAGUGAAUCAAUGAUUUCCGAAUUUGAAGAUACCUUUAAAGCGGGAACAGAAGCAAGCAAAGAAAACUCCAGCAUAACAGCAGAUUACGCACGCUAUUCAAAUUUGCAAAUUAUAGAUAUCAAAUCAAAGUACGAUUACAAAAUAACCGAGUUAAAGAAAUACUUAAAUCAAUUAAAGGUACUCAUUUCUCCUAUGAAAGAUUUAUAUAAUCUAAAUUCUCUACAAAAAGACCAAAGGGACAGUGUAAGAAGUAUACGCUCAUCUGAUAGUAGUCCACAAGAAAAGGUUAGCGCACUUUUAAACUUCUUAUCAACAAUAAAGGAAGAGAAUGGCACCGUGUUGGAGAAUUUUAAAAAUAUAGAAAGAUAUUAUGAACAAGGCAAGCCAUUAAAAGGUACACUCGAGGGAUUAAUAAAAAUGAUCAAAACCUACGAACAAGAUAUAGUAAAUUUAAUUGAUAACGAAAAGCACAACAGAUCGUACAAAGAUGACAUAAAAAACAAAAUAAUAUAUAUAACCGAAAAAACAGAUGCUAUAAAAGACAUUAUCCCCUUAAAUGAGGAAGUAGACAAUAUCAUCAAACAAAUUGAGAAACUAUUCAAUGAAGACCUAUUCCAUGAAGGAUUACCAAAUAUGGAAAAACUUAAAAAAGAGAAAGAAAAAAUAAAAGCUACUAUAAAAUCACUCAACACUAAUUUCUACGACGGAGACUUAAAAGAAUUAGUCGACGAUAUGUUAAAUUUUGUCUACAAACACAGCGAUUUCUACAAUCAAGCAUACGCUAAAGGAGAUGUUGUAAAUCUACAAAAGGAAGCAGAACAAGAAUAUGAAAAAAUUACAAAACUAAAAUCGAAUAACAUUCCUCAAAUGUUAAAAGAUUUGAAAUCAGAAUCGAAAAAUCUUUCAGAGCUUAAAGACACCAUGAUGGAUGAAAUGUUGAACAAUGUUCAUCAAGACAUAUCAAACGUUUUCGAACAGAUAAGGAACAAAUAUAAAGACAUAACAACCUCGCUCAGUGCCUACAAAGAGGACAAACAGAAAUUCGAGAAAUUUAAAGUCGAUAUGAUACAGACGAAAAACGAACUCCUGGGGAGUCUUCAACAAAAUGAUAAAAAACUCUCAGAAGCAAAUAAUAUGUAUGAAGAAUUCUUGGCGCACAUAGAUACUACUACCAAUAGAGAAAAGCAAAUGUAUAACCAAGCCAACGCGUUAAAGGAAAAUUUAGCAAAUGUUCAAAGUAAAAUAUCAUCGUACCAGGGAAAAAUAGAAAAAUUGAAAGCGCAUACUAGGAAAAAUUAUGAAAAAAUUAAGACAUUACUGCAAACUUUUGGCAAUGAAAAUAUAAACGCAAAACUGGCAGAAUACGAAAAAGAAUUUAAUGAAAAUAAGAGAGUAGUGAAUACCAUCAUAAACCAAAUUCAAGAAUCAAACAAAAAUAUAGAGAAUAUUAAAAUAUUAAAUAAUUCUAUCGACCGUUCUGAAGUGAACAAACAGCUGAUAGAAGAAUUGGCCACCAAUAAGCAACAAUUAAAGGAAAAAAUAGAUAGUCACAUUAAGCAACUAAACAGUUACAAUAUCAUUGCAAAAGAUGAUAAGCUAAUUUUUGAGAAAAGGUUAAAUGAGGAGAAGGCAAAUAUUAACACGCAACUAAGCGACACGUCAAUAGAUAAUUUAAAAGCACAAAUACAAGAAACGCUAGAUUAUUACAAAACAGCAAAGGCAAACACGAAUGAUAAAGAUGGAACCCAUUUAGAAAAAUUAGAUAAAAAAAAAAUGGAUUGGAAAGACAGCAAAGUUAAAAUAGAUAAAUUAAGCACCAGCUAUCAAGUGCUAGAUAAAAAAAUUAAUGAUUUGAUUAAAAAGCAACACGACGAAAUUGUAGCUCUCAUUGAUAAACUUAUAACAGAAAAGGGCAAUGAAAUAAGGGAGAAAACCGACGAAAAAAUAAAGCACCUUAGCGAAAUAAAAACAAAAUUGUCCUCUUUCACUGUCUCCGAUAAUGUUAAGAAUACCCAAAAUGUUGCAAUAAAAGGGGAAAUAAGUGGAUUCGAAAAAAAAAUGGAAGCCCUAUUAAGAAGAAUAGACAAUAAUAACGCAAAAUUAACUGAACUGAGAGGGAAGGCAGACCAACAUGUAACCACCCUACGUGGGGAAAAAAAUAAAACAGCUGAAUUCAAUGCGAAAAAAGAUAGCCUGGAAAAAAUACACCAACAAAUGGAAAAUACGCAUAAAGAAUUGGAGAGCAUGGAAAAUGAAAAAAUUCCCAUAAACGACAUUAACCAAAUGGAAAUAGAAUAUGCACGAAUUUUAAUUCAUCAUAUGGUUCAACAAAUUGGUGAAAAAAAGGAAAGGUCUAAAAUCAUCUUAGAAGAGAUUAAAACAACUAUAGCAAGCAUCGAUCAAGCAAAGAAAAAUAUACCUCCUGAGCAACAAGAUAUCCUUCGCGAAUUCGAGUAUAGCGGAUAUCGCGACAAAGCUACUGCCAGUAGUACCGAAAUAGAACAAAUUGAUAAAAGUGCAAAAGCAGAGGAGGGUAAAGCCAACAGUAGCACCAACUUAAGCGACAUUGAUGUGAUUAAAAAACAGGUACUGUCCUACUUCAGAAAAGCCACCACUGAAAGUAACACCAUGGAAAAUGCGUUAAGAGAAAUUAAAAAUGUGAACACUUUCUUAACAUCAAACAUUUCAGAAGAAAUUUUAGCUAACAUACUAAAGAGUGCAGCGAGGACCCAAGAAUUAAAUCAACAAGCGGUAGGCGAAUUUAACAAAACAGAUCGUCUAAUUAAAGAAGUAGAAGCGAAGCUAUCCCAGGCAAACGAACAUAAAUCAGCAAUUUCAGGAAGUGUAGAAUACAAACAAAUCGAACAGAAAAUAAACCUAAUUAAACAAAUUCAGAAAGAAAUUACGGCGGGGAAAGAAGAAAUAAACAACUGUUUAAGUAAUACCAAAGAAUAUAAAGAAAAAUGCGAGUCUGAAGUGAAUUCAGUAAAUAGAGGAAAAGCUAAAGUAGAUUUUCUGCAAAAAAGGGAAGCGCUAGAAAAAAAAAUGAGUCAAGAAAAUUUGGGUAAAAUUACAGAUAGCAUUGAUCAAUGCAAAAAAGAUUUAGCAGACAUUACUAGUUUAGAAGUAAAGGUUAAAGCUAAUUACGAUUCAAUCAUUAAGUAUGAAGAAUCCAUUAAUACCAUUUUAAAUUAUUCCUCCAUUUUAGAAUACAAAACCAAAUUGGAAAUACGCAAAAAAGAAAAAACAGACCUCAUGACUUAUAUUAACACAGAAAAUUCUGCCAUUCAGGAGAAGCUGCUAAACUUGCAAAAAAAAUUGAACCAAUUGAAUGAAAACACGGACUAUACUAAAGUGGGAAACGAUCUCAACAACGCAAAGUCUACAAAAGCAAAUGUAACUAUCCAGUAUAACUUAGGACGAGUCAAACAUCAACUGGAAAAUUUAAGUGUCAUCAAACAGGAGCUAGAAAAAGUCCUAAGUGCAGCUACCGAUUUAGAGAGGGACAUCUCAAAAAUAGCCGACGUCACAGAAUCUAAUAACUUGGAGAGCCUAAAUGGGAAGGAAGCAGAUUACACGAAACGUAUAAGAAGUUUUAACAAAUUGAAGCAGCUCGUGCAAGAGAAAGCAGCAAAAGUAGAAGAAAUUUCCUCCGAUACGGAUAACAUAGAAAAAGAACUGACAGAACAUAAAAUAAUUUUUGAAGUGGGACUUACCGAAAGGUUAAUCGAAAUAGUUAAAAAUAGAAAAUCAUACGUAGACACAACAAAGGAAUUGCUAAAUUCAUCAUUAAACAAUUUUGCUUCCCUCUUUAAUGGAUUGGACUUAAAUGGAUACAAUCCAAAAGCAAACCUAGAAAUGUACACACAAAAACUGAACACAAUACAUAACGAAUUUAUGGCAUCUCACAAAAUAUUUGAUGAAAAAUCAAAGAAGGUCUUAGACAAAGAUGUGAACUUCACGGAAGCUAAAACACUCAGGGAGGAGGCGCAAAAAGAAGAUGUUACUCUUAAAAAUAAAGAGGAAGAAGCAAAAUCGUACUUGAGUGAUAUCAAAAAAAAAGAAUCUUUCGAAUUUAUACUUCACAUGAAGGAAAAAUUAAACCAAAUUAGUAAAAUGUGUGAACAGCAAUAUGAACAAGCUGAUAAAGGCUAUAGUGAAGUCAAAACAAGCAUUGAUCGCAUUGCAAAUUUAAAUGAUGAAAAUAGUAUAGCGGAUGUACUCAAAGAAGCAAACGAUAAAAAUGAGCAAGUACAAAAUCUGACACAUUAUACAUAUAAAAAUGAAGCACAAAAUGUGCUAAGGCAUAUGGCAAAGUCGGCAAAUUUUAUAGGCAUUAACCUAGUAACAGGAAUACAACCGACGGAAUUAUCAUCACAAGCAAGCGAAUCGACAACGCCAGAGUUAAAAUUUGAAUCAGAAGGGGAAAUGAAAUUGGAAAUUCUAACAUUAUCAGGAAAUACUACAAAAUUGGACUAUUAUAAAAAUAUGAAAGACGCCUACCAGAGCGUCCUUUCCAUAUUUAAAUACUCUCAUGGUAUAGACGAAAAACAAAGAGAAAGCCAAAAAAUAACCGAAAGUGCAAAUGGCUCAUAUCUUAAUAAUAAGGAAAUAAAUGAAUUCAAAGGAAGACUGAACAAUGUGAAGAGUAAACAAACAGCCAUUUCAAACAAAAUUGAUAACGCUACUACGCUGCUGCACAAUUUGAACAAAAUUAAAACGGAUGAUAAGAAUUACGACACAAUUUUAGAAAAAGACGCUUCUGAAGAAUUGAAGAGGCGACGUGAUUCAUUUAAUCAAGAAAUGAAAAACACCGUCGAUGGCUUAAAAUUGAAGGAAAUCCAAGAAAAGUUUAAUGAGCAAGUAAAACUCCUACAAAAUUUAGAAACAAAAGUGAGCACACUAAAUGUGCAUGAGGGAAACGCUACCGAAACUGUGAAAAAAGAAAACACUGCCGUUGAUGCAAUUCAAGCCGCAAUGGAAGGCAUAGAAAAAGAUGUCGAAUAUAUCAACUACUCAUAUGAUGAACUAUUAAAGAAAGGACAAAAAAUUGAAAAUCAGAGAUACACAUCCAUAAGGGAAAACCUCACCAAUAAAAUAGCGAAUGACUCCUCAGCAAUCAACAAAAUAAAGAAAAAAGCUCAACAGUAUUUAGCAUACAUUAAGAAUAACUACAACUCUAUUUAUAAUGAUACUGGCACUUUAAAUGAAUACUUCGACACCAAACGGUUAAGUAACCACGAUUUAACAAAUGUUCAGGAAGCGACCAGAUUACACAUUGAAAUGUCCGCAGCCGUUGAAGCAUCAGAAGAGAUAAUUGCAGAUAUGAAAAAUGAAUUCAUAACGAACACAGAAGCGGAUAUAAGCGCUUUACAAAAUAGCGCAGACAGAUUAAAGUCGCUUUAUAGUAAUCUAAAACGCAAACAAAUUAGUAUAAACCAAAUUUACAAAAAGAUUAACUUAAUUAAGUUGCAAGAAAUUAAAACAAGCGCUAACAAAUAUAUGGACAUAGCCAAACUGUUUAACAAUGUGCUAGAGGCCCAACAUAAAGAAUUGGCACAAGAUAGAAGUAAAAUAUUGCAAGCUAAGGAAAACUCCAUUAAUAUGCAGCAACUGUUAGAAUCUCACAUUGAUAAACUUCGAGCCUUGAUAACCAAUAUUGAUAAAGAACUGAUAGAAUUAACAAAUGGUAAAAUUAAAGAAUCAAAUCGACGUAUUAGUCAAAUUUCCCCAAUGGGGCAAGGCAAAUUGUUCAGCACCCCAGAAGGACAAGCUUAUAAUAAUUUACACAACACAGGAUAUAACCAUUAUGGAAGUGGAAACCAUUCAAGAGGAAGAAAUGAAAAUGGAAAUGUCCGUUUUGCAGCAGGGAUUGUUGUGGGAUUUGGUGUUUGUUCCUUUUUUGCUUCGGCAUUGUUUAAAGGCAAAGGGGAAAACGAAACAUAUGGAAGAGAUCUAAAUUCACGUGAUGAAGAAUUUGAAGGCAAAAACAAUGGAAAUCUUCAAGAUAAGGAAGAAAUUAUUGAAGUGUCCUUUCACGAAAGUGAAAAUGUGUAUUAA